UAACGGCAUGCCGCGAGACUCCGGGUAAAAACACAUACACACACUCACUCAUACACGCACGCGCGCACGCACCCGGUGCACGAGCGUUCGAUCCUCUCAAGAGCUCGGCUACCGCACGCUGGCACGCGGGACAGGACGGGACGGGACUGACACCCAGCUUUUCUUACCUUGAUUACCUUGGCUUCUCGCGCGUGGAGUGGAAGAAAGGGAUGCGAUAGAGGCUUCGCGCGCGCCCUCAGCACACAGCCCACAGCAGCUUGGCCCCAGGUGCGCGGUACCUGCGCGCGCGAGAGAGAGUGGAGUUAUAGCGAGCGAGAAAUCUGCACGAGCGAAGGUUGCACGAAGCAAGAGUUGCGUUGCGCGCCAGAGAGUGGAAGCGCGCGUGUAUGCCAGACUGUGUGUGUGUGCUGCAUGCGUGCGUGCGCGCGCGCUCACCUCUCUAUGUUGCAGAGCCAGACAGAGAGUGUGUAUAAGAAGAGUGUGUAAGAGUGUGUUGAAAGUGCGUGUGUAUGUAUGUGUGUGUGUGUGCAGCCAAAAGACGAACGAGCACGCGGACCAACUUCUGCACAGCACAGCUGGAGAAAGAACUUUGCGCACGAGCGCAAACAAAAAAAAUACGGAUUUUAUGAUUAUCCGUAAUCAUAUAAUAUAAUAUAAUAUUAACAAUGAAUAACUGUUGUUCAAUACAGAAUUAUACAACAAUUGCAAGCUCUGAUGGACAUUUUUGAAGAAUUUUACAGAAGCAACUUUGAAGAAGCUACAGUGAGAAUAAGAAAAUAAAUUCAAGGAAAAAAAGGAAAUCUAAAAGCUUCCUUGCUAAAAUUUCUGUUUUUUGACUUGAAAGAAAGAGAAAAAAAGAAGACAAAGAAGAAGAAGCCACAUACUUUUGGACAUAAGAACAUCUGUGCAUAAAGAGUCGAGAAUUCACUCUGAUGGACUUAUUUCUAGAAUACUGCAAAAGAAAGUUUACUCUACAACAAGAACAAAGGAUCAAGAAAAAGAGGAUUUUUUUCCUUAGAUUCAUUUUUUUUACAUAAAAAGUGACAGAAAUCUGAACUUAAAGAUGUCUGUGCAUAUGGUCAUGAAGUUACUCUGAUGGACGUAUCUGAAAAAUUCUAAUUUUACCAAAAAAUCAAGAAAAGAAGAAAGGACGUUAAAUCUUCUUGUUAAAAGUUUUAAAUGUUCAAGUUUUUGACUUUAGGAAAAAAAUAGUGUUUAAAAGAACAGGAAAGCAACAUAGAUCUGGUCGUAGGGUCAUUCUGAUAAGCAUAUUUGAGGGAUGUGUUUUGCUUUAACGCUUUAAGAAGAAAAACACACACAAAAAAACAAUUCUAGCAAAAAAAUAGCGCAAAAAAAAAAAAAAAAAAAAUAGCCGCAAAAGAAGAAAGCUAAAACAGCUGAAUGUAAAGAGGUCUGUGCAAAGAAAAUAGUCUUCAAGCCUCUCUGAUGGACAAAUUUAAAUAAUUCUUCUUCUUCUUGCUUUGCUAAAAAAAUCUGUUUUCUUGACUUGCAAGAAAAAAAUAAGGACAAAAAAGAAGUGUAAGAAAGAAAACGACAGAAAUCUGGACGAAAGGAAAGAAGUGUGUCUACGUGAAGAAGAUUCUCUCGCUCACACACACACACACACACACACACACUGACACACACUCUCUCUCUUACACACACAUACACACACAUACACACAAAAGAAGGAGUUAAAGUGCCAUUAGUGGAGCGGCAGCAGCAGCAGCUUCGCUUUCCUCCUCCUCCUCCUACGACCAGGCGGCUCCAAUCGAGCGCCGAUCGCGUCGUUCCUUCGUCGCCGCGCUCUCUGUUGGAUUCGGACUGAAAACACACACACACACUCGUAGACACACUCACACAUAGACACACACUGAGAGACAGUGUGUCCAUGUCCAUCCCACCUUCAAACCUGUGCGUCUUUACACAUUCACAACAAACCGCAAAGCAGUUGGACAUCUGAUCAUCUCUCCUGAUCUCUUUGGGAUCAAUCAUUUCUGGAUCUCUUGAUCGUUUUUUGGACAAUAUUUAUGUUUAUAUAUAUUUUUUCUGCUAUUUUUUAUUGCUUUUUUUUAUUUUUUCACAUCAAUCAAAGAUGGAUAGCAGCUUGAGCAGAAGACGGAUGCAUUGCUUGCCUGUUGCGGCUUCCAGCGCCGAGUGAGACGCGCGUUGAAGGCGGCAGAAGCGGUCGCUCUCUUUUUUCCCUUCUUUCUCCCUCUCUCUCUUUUUUUUCUAUCUAUCUCUCUCCUUUUUUGAACCCUCAAUCCACCCUCUCUAUACCACUAUAUCUCCGGCUAUUGGCUCUCUACUGUUCUACCGCUCUAGUGGACGAGGAGGAGGAGAAAAAGAAAAGAACAGUGACAAAAAAAGAAGAGAAGAGGAGAGGAAGAAGAAGGAGGACGAGAGGAACAGAGGGAAAGAGCGAAAAAGGAAAAGGAGCGAGCGAACGAACCGCGGAGAGAGGAGGGACGAACCUCCGCACCAUCUCAGCCCCCAACCGGGGUGGUCUCCGCUCCGCUCUCUCUCUUUUUGUUCCCCCCUCUCCCUCUCUUUUUUUGUGAGGGGGGGAUUUUCUUCAUCUUUGCAUCUUUGGUGACUAUAUUUAUUUUUAUAUAUUUUUUUCUGGGGGGGACAAACUGCUCAUCUAUGCCAGGCUUUUGAGAAAAAAAACCCGACCCCCGGCAGCCCCCCAGUUCAAUCCCUCCUUCCCCUGCCUGCCGAGCCGAGCGGAGCGCAGCGGCUGGCUGGCCGCGUCGUGGCCGAGCUCGGAGUCGACACACGCGGGGAGAGACGCGGGCAGCGGCCGGCGGCGGCGGCGGAGGCAGCAGCGGGGCAGCGGCAGCAGCGGUAGCGGGCAGCGGGCAGCAGCAUGCCGCGGAGGAAGCAGCAGGCGCCCCGGCGCUCCGCAGCAUAUGUUCCUGAGGAGCUAAAAGAAGCUGCCUUGAUGGACGAGGACGUGGACGGAGAUGAUUCAGCGAUUGAAGAGGAGCCUGCCAUCAAGUACAUGUGCCAGGACAAGGACUUCCUCCUCAAAGACCGGCCAGGCUUCCACGACUCGCCGGCCGCGGACCUCUCCAGCCACGAGAUGGACAGUGAGUCACACCUCAGCGAGUCCAGUGACCGCAUGUCAGACUUCGAGAGCGCCUCGGUGAAGAACGAGGAGGACGGCACUGCCAAGGAGCCACUUACGUCACUGUCUUCAAGCGCAUCCAUGAGGAUGACCAACACGACGGCACCACCCAGCAGCGAGGAAGCUGCCGCGGCAGGCCCGGACAGCCUGGAGCAGAUGAAGGCUAUCUACACCAGCUUCCUGACCAAUUCCUACUGGUCGUCCCUGAACUUGAACAUGACGCAGCCUCCACCCGAAAAACCCCCUCGCAGCCACAGCAGUAGCAGCAGCAGUAGCAGCAGCAGCAGCUGCGGAAGUGGAGGCUACGAUUGGCACCAGUCGGCCGUGGCCAAGACCUUGCAGCAGGUCACACAGAACCAGAACAGAAUACUGCACCCGGCAUCUGAGCCAAACCUCUUUAGCACUGUGCAGCUCUACCGGCAAAGCACCAAGCUCUAUGGCUCCAUCUUCACUGGUGCCAGCAAGUUUCGCUGCAAGGACUGCAGUGCUGCCUACGACACACUGGUUGAGCUGACGGUGCACAUGAACGAAACAGGGCACUACAGAGAUGAUAACCAUGAAACAGACAGUGAGGGCACGAAGCGCUGGUCCAAGCCCCGCAAGCGUUCCCUGCUGGAGAUGGAAGGCAAGGAGGAUGCCCAGAAAGUCCUCAAGUGCAUGUACUGUGGCCAUUCCUUCGAGUCACUACAGGAUCUCAGUGUCCACAUGAUCAAGACGAAACACUACCAGAAAGUGCCUCUCAAGGAGCCGGUGACACCAGUGGCCGCCAAAAUCAUUUCUUCAGCUCGCAAAAGAGCCCCCAUCGAGCUGGAACUUCCCAGCUCACCGGACUCCAACGGAGGCACCCCCAAACCUUCUCUCUCAGACACCAGUGACCUUCUGCAGAAGACCGCAAAUCCCUACAUCACUCCAAAUAACCGCUACGGCCAUCAGAAUGGUGCAAGCUACGCAUGGCAGUUCGAAUCUCGGAAGUCCCAGAUCCUGAAGUGCAUGGAGUGUGGCAGUUCCCACGAUACCCUUCAGGAGUUAACAGCCCACAUGAUGGUGACAGGCCACUUCAUUAAGGUCACCAACUCCGCCAUCAAGAAAGGCAAGCCCAUUAUGGAGUCGCCUACAACCCCAGCCCCUACCACUAUGCCCUCCACAGAGGAUAAGAUCCAGUCAGUACCACUAGCUGCCACAGCUUUCUCCCCACCUCCGCCUGCACCCCCUCCGCCAAGCAUAUCCCCUGCCAUCAGCGCUAUGGAAAUCAAAAAAGAGGAAAAAGAAGAAGAGUGCACCAAGGAAAUCAUCAUCAGCAGCAAAGAGAAGAAAAUGACAGAUGAUGAACCAGAGGAGAAGUUUGACAUUUCAUCCAAGUAUCCCUAUUUGACGGAAGAAGACCUGGAAGAAAGCCCUAAAGGUGGAUUUGACAUCCUAAAGUCACUGGAAAACACUGUCACAUCAGCCAUCAACAAAGCACAGAACGGCACACCCAGCUGGGGAGGCUACCCCAGCAUCCAUGCCGCCUACCAGCUACCAAACAUCAUGAAGCUUUCCUUGCGCAACUCAGGAAAGAGCUCCCCUCUGAAGUACAUGUUCUCUGGCGAAGAGAUCCUGUCACCAACCAAAAGCCAACCCCUCAUCUCCCCUCCAAGCUGCCAGACCUCACCUCUGCCCAAAAAUAACUUCCACGCCAUGGAGGAACUUGUCAAGAAAGUAACGGAAAAGGUAGCCAAAGUUGAAGAGAAGAUGAGGGAUCCCGGUGCAAGAGCUUCCCCGCUGAGAAGAACCACGCCGUCCCCAUGCAGUAGCGAAGCUGGAGACUCCGCCAGAGGAGAGUCACCCAAAGAGAGGAGAGGAGCCAAAACGCCAGAGAGCAACGGCUCAGCAAAUGUUCACAAGGACUCCAACGGUGAGGCCCUCAAUUCUAAAGAGUCUUUAGAGAAUGGCACUGACCAUGCUGUGAAAACUCCCGUCACCUCCAUGUGCAGCAGCACGGCGAUUAUCACUGACCAUCCUCCAGAACAGCCAUUCGUCAACCCCUUAAGUGCACUUCAGUCUGUCAUGAAUGUUCAUCUAGGCAAAGCUGCUAAGCCUGCCCUCCCAUCUCUCGACCCCAUGAGCAUGCUCUUCAAGAUGAGCAACAGUUUGGGAGAGAAGGCGGCCGUAGCCGCCUCCACUCCGGCUCAGACCAAAAAGACGAACGAGCAUCUCGACCGCUAUUUCUAUCACAUCAACAAUGACCAGCCGAUUGACCUGACCAAAGGCAAGAGCGAAAAGAGCAGCUCCAUGGGAUCAGCCGUACUGUCUUCCUCCACCUCGACUCCUUCUUCAGUGUCGCCCUCCUCAACCAUCACCAUGGCCAAGGCUUCCUCAGCCGUGGCUUCAUUCAUGUCCAACUCACCCUUGCGUGAAAACGCCCUGUCCGACAUCUCGGACAUGCUGCGCAACCUUACGGAAAGCCAUGUCUCCAAAUCUUCCACACCAACCAGUCUGUCUGAGCGGUCAGAUAUCGACGGUGCUACACAUGAAGAGACAGAGGACAUGUCGCCGGCUCAGAAGCGCAAGGGCCGACAGUCCAACUGGAACCCUCAGCAUCUGCUUAUCCUGCAAGCGCAGUUCGCUUCAAGCCUGCGGCAAACGGGCGACGGCAAGUACAUCAUGUCCGACCUCAGCCCGCAGGAACGCAUGCACAUCUCUCGCUUCACCGGCCUCUCGAUGACCACCAUCAGCCACUGGCUCGCCAACGUCAAGUACCAGUUGAGGAGGACGGGUGGCACCAAGUUCCUGAAGAACCUUGACUCCGGUCAUCCCGUCUUCUUCUGCAGUGACUGUGCUUCACAGAUACGCUCCCCCUCCACCUACGUCAGCCACCUUGAAUCCCACUUGGGCUUCCGGAUUAGAGACUUGGCCAAGUUGUCCGGGGAGCAGCUAGCCAGCCAAAUCACGCGCCACACUAAGGGACUUUCUGAGAAACUGCUUUCAGCCCAAGCUCACGUCCUGGCGCACUCGCUCUCAAACCCAAACAUCACUCCCAGCCCCAGUCCCCAUUCCCAUUCCCACUCGCACUCGCCCUCCCCUUCCGCAGAAGAAGAGGCCAACGGCACUGCGUACCAGUGUAAACUGUGCAAUCGGACUUUCGCUAGCAAGCAUGCUGUCAAACUUCACUUGAGCAAGACUCACGGCAAAUCCCCCGAGGACCACCUCUUGUUUGUCUGUGAACUCGAGAAACCUUAGCGGUGGUCAAGGACACAAAAAAGACUCAAAGGUUGAAGUGGUCCUCCACUUCCCACUGUUCCUCUUGCUUUCUCCGAAGCCUUCAGACGAACUGAUUUCGUUUAGUAAAAAAAAGCAAGACCUGAAAACAAAAAGAGACACUGACUGACUAACACAAAGAACUAACUGCACAUAGAUGCCAUUAAACUACUGUCUAGUUUCGGCACAUGAUGCACGGAGGGUUUUCCUCCCGGGAUAACUCAUACUGGUCCAGAGACGUUCUGUUUUUUCCCCCUCAUUUUAGGUCAAAUGAACUGAAAAUGUAGAGAGAGAAAAAAAAAAACGACUUUUCUAACUGUGCAGUGUUGAGUGAAGAGGUGCUGUUGUCACUGGUAAAACAUGAAGGUAUAUAAGAUAAAAAAAUGACUUUAAAUGAAGUUGUAUGUAUUUGAAAGUUGUGUAAAUUGGAUUCACCUUUUGUUUUCCUCCUUUCUUUGGCAUCGCUGAGAUGCAGUAAGCUGCAUGCAUUGAUGAAACGGUUUCGUUCGACUUUUUUGAUAACCGAAUCUCUCUUUUCCUUCUUUCUUUCUUUUUUCGUCAACGUGACCUAUGUGUGCUGAAGUCAGCAGACGAAAAAAAAAACGAAACUAAAUUUAACCCUCUGAGUACGCCCAAGCACUUGUACAUUAUAACAGAUCAUCGACAGAAAAUAGAGAACAUGAAAUGAUAUGAUAAAAGUCAGUAAAUUGGAUCAGUAAAUUCAGUAAUACCUUAUUCGUAUUGGAAUACUCAAUUUACAUUGGGUUCUGAUUACUUACGAAAACACAAAACAUGAUAUAUAUAUAUACAUAAUACAUGAAACAUUAAAUAAGCAAACAAGAAACAAAAUAGAGAUCAAAGAACGGAACAGAAGAUGAUACCAUACCUGAGGUUCCAACUGUUCGAAGUGGCUUCUGACUGAUUCUCACUGCAAAAAAAACAACAACAAAAAAAACGUGCGAAUCCAAACUGCAGUCUUUCAGUUCCUUGAAAAUCAGGGGCCUUUAUGAAUUCAGGUCGUUUAAAAAAGGUGUAAAAAUGUGUACAUAUAAAAAAUGGUAUAAACUAAUUUCUGUCUAAAUUAUGCAUCAUUUUAUAUUUUUAAUUUAAGAGGAGUAUGACUAUCUACUGGUGCACAAUAUAUGAAGACAUUAAUGAAAUUGUUUUGCACAAUAGUUUUAUAAAUGUUAUUUAAUCAGAUGAUAUGAAAAUGAGAGAAAAAAGGAGAAAAAAAAAAUAAAACACGAAUAACAUCCUAAACUUUUAUUAUUUCCACCUCGUGCUCAAAGGGUUAAACUUCUUGUACAAGACGAUACUUGUUCCAUCGUUUCUUGAACAUUUAAAAUGUUGUACAAAAGAUGCUACUUUAUAACGCAAGGAGGAGGAAUUCCACAGUGUAACCUAUUAUUUAUAAGCACUCUCGGUUGUUGUUUCAUAUUGUAGAAUGCCUUUUUGAUUGGUAACUUUUAUGUUGUUCUGUCUGAUUACUCUCCCAUGAUUCCGCACUGCAGCUUUAUCUAUUUUUUUGUUGUUUUUUUGUUCUUUAUUCCUUUUUUUUUGUUUCAUUUCAUUUCAUUUGGGAUAUGAAAGGUAACUAUGGUUACUUUGCCUCCGAUUGACACUUCUGCUACAUUUUUGGCAGUUAACUUACUGAAAUAACUAACAGCUGCCAGUGAAUGGAAAUCUAAUGUGUAAAAUAUUGGCAUGUAAACAGCACAGGCACUGUUAUGCAUUCUGUGCCGUGAUUCUCUUUUUUUUUUCCUUGUUGUUGACAAUGAAGCACCCAUUAUAUGACUUCAUAUAAACUUUUUUUCUACUGCAGCAUUAAAAUGAAAAUGUUUUGGGUUUUUUUUGCAAUAA